CGAUCCAUUGGACUCGGCGAUGUUUGUAAUUAAUUUAAAUUACUAUCUGUGCGAGCGUCGUUUAAGUCGCCGAUCGAUAUCUAGCGGUUGACGAAAAAAGGAAAAGCGAAACAUAAGUACACAAAUAUAUAGUACACAAAGAAAGCGUUUCAGAGAGUAAUCUAAAUGAAUGGAAAGGCGCGCGCGCAUUUCCUUUCGUCUCGAAUAAAACGUUACUCCCUAACGACCUAAGUAUACUUCCUGUAUAAUUAAGUGUACUCAACUUUGUUACGCUUCCGGGAAUUCGUUGAACUUAGCAAAUUCAAUACUAGAUAAAUUGCUGCUUAUACCGAGGCUAAUUAAACAAAUGCGGCAAAACGAGGUGUAAACGAAAAAUAUUAUUAAGACUAACUUGUUUCUAAUUGCAGGGAACAACAGCGAUAAACAACAACGGAAUGGUUGUAGUAGAGAAACAUCCGUAAUCGAAGCAAUUACAAGGUGCUAUUUUAAGCCGCAUGUGUUUGCACGAUUGGUAUCUGAUUAAAAUUAAACGAGAUCAAGCGUGGUACAGAAGUUGCAAGUGUUUGCAACCCUUUAAUGAUUGCUGCAGCGGUGAUCGGCCGGGAAACUGCAACUAUUAGAAAGCCAAAAUGUGCAUCGCCCUUUCAUGCUAUAAUUCACUUAUAGUCCACUCUUCCGCGUUUGUAUACAUAUACUUGAAUAUAAAGCCAGUUUUUCUAUAAUCAUUUGAAUAUUGUUAAACAUUGGACUUAUUUGGCAAUACGGCAAUUUAGCAAUAUUUUUUGAAAAUUGUACUUGCUUACUUCGUUGUCAGAUGAACGUGUAAGUAUAGUCACGAAAUAGACCUAUAUUCGAAUGUCUUUAUAGGAAAUAUCGAUUAAGGACUAAUGGUCAAUUAAAUCUCCGUUAGUUGACGAUUAUAUUUUAAAAUAAUCAUUUAUUUAUGAAGAGUAUGUGACUGGCGUCGCGACCCCUCACGCUAAACCGGUAUUAAGGCUGCACGCGUGCAAGCAUCGUCUGCACUCGGCUUAAUGUCAGCCAAGCAAGUUGGCACGAAGUACGAUAAAUGCCACUUUCGCCCUGGAAUAACCUAUAGCUCUCGGGUAUCCCCUACUUUGCAAUGAUAAUUCGCACCUUCGAAUGAUAAAUCCUCCUAUCCUUUACUCUUGAUUAUUUCCAAAGAGAUGCAUCUCCUUUGCACGAAAUUAUUUUAACGUUAUGCAAAUGCUUUCUCUCGUCAGUUUAUGUUAAGAACAUGUUGUUUGUCCUGUCAAGUCACGACAGUACUUUGCUUGCUAAUAAUUGGUGAAAUAGUUAGAUACGCAUCCAUUAUAAUAAAUUUGAAAAACUGUUUGCAUCAUCGUUUAUGUAAUUUAUUAGCUGUAAGUAUUGAUAUACAUAAUAUAGAAUCUAAUAUUAUGAUUUCGUUGCUUACUUAUAGGCACCGAUCAACUCACUUCCUGUUCGCUUAAAAUUGUCAGUGACUCUCGAGCCCGAAGGUACGUAGGCAAAAAGUACUUCGCAGAUACCCGGCUUUCCAUCAUUAAUCUCGUGACAAGCAUGGCCAACAGGAAUCUCGUAACAAGACGAAAUAACUCAAUAUCCGCGUUUCUCUACUUUCCUCACAACUUAUAAAUAAUAUUUUUAGAGCAAUUUGAACCAGACCCUGUGGCAUACUCAAAAUUCAUUAGUAUUACACCGAUGAUUCAUACUUGUCUACAGACAGCCUCAAAGAAGAUCAUGGUUCCCGUUUCAGUGCAUCUAAAUGCAAGGAACAAGGCGAUUAUCAUUCCACGUGUGUUCCAUCUGGUCUUACGAUAAAUACCGCUAUGCUAGUUCUGUAACCGUUAGCCAGUGUUUGAAACACGACCAUGAUUGACAUAAUUAUUAAUUACACUCGACGAAAAGAGCGAAAGAAUAUUCCUAACUAUUUUCACAUCUUCUUUUGACAUUUCUUUUCUUUCAUUUGACGGUUGUAAGGAACGAGGCAACGAACCGAGAAGACGAACAACGUUUCAGAGUCGACGGGACGGUAAAGCCGAUAAAAAAACUCUCGAGCUACGCGGCCAAGGAUGAAGAUGCCCGGUGCAAAAAUACCAACGGCAAAACGAGGGUUGCUGCAAGCGCGAGAAUUUUUCGAGAGCGUUUUCUUCUUCUUCGCGGGUAGCCCGCUACGGAAAACGAGCGGCAAUAAAGUUUACAGCGCAGCCCCGUCGACUCUCGUGUAUUUAUAGCUGGUCAUUUCCACAGAGAUCCUCCCGUAAUUUUCAAGUCGAACAGCUCUGCACGUCCAUGAUUCCCCUUUUGCUUUUUCCUCGCCUUCACUGACAGGAAGCUGAUGCUUACAAUUAGAGAACUCGAGGAUCCACAAAUACCCUACUUCUUUCAUAAAACAUUUCACAUCAUGCAUCUAUAAUAGCGUUAGAUAUUAAAAAUAGAAUCAUUGCUAUUAUUGUAUAUAUCACGCCCAUGCAAUAAAUUAAGAAACGCUGUGAACACAAUCGUCGUACUUUAAUCUUUGUACAUUUCGACAAAAUAAUUUAGUGAACAGAACGGUGAGAAGUGUACCUAUAAAAAUAGAUAAUUUUUGUUGAAAAAAUAAGUAGAUUUUACUAAUGAAUGAUCAUAUUUCAAUAGUAGUGGACAUAUUAAUUCAGAUGUCUUGCAAUCCUGUUAAAUUCUACAUGUAAUACGCAAGAUCGUCAGGGAUGCGAGACACAAAAUAUAACGAGACAUUUCGGCGUAGUUAAUAUUACAGUCGAAAAUCGCGGAAUGUUAGUCUCUUCAUAUUUCAUGGGCCUCAAGGUCUCUGUUGAAUAUGAAAUUUUCAGUAGUCGGUUACUUAAAUAUUUGUGUGAUUUAUGUCGUUUUGCGUUCAUAAGGGCUGUCACUGUUCGACGGUUAGUUUAUUUCCAUGAUGCGACUUGCGUCAGAAGUCAAGACAGCCUACUGGCCCAUUGAUCAACGAUGUCUACCUCCAUGCAACGUAUGUCAAGCUCAUUCUAACUCUGAUAUAACAUUGGGUCCCACGUGGACGAUGACCGUGGCCAGGGACGAAAGGGGAACACGAUGCGUCUGAACAACGAUGAGUUAGACACCAGUUUCGAUCGGUGUCCACGAAACGUCCGCUGUAGGGAAAACUACCACCCUCCGCGAAAGCACCCCUGCUAAGUGUCAGUAGCGUGCCGUCUGUUGUUCCUAUUGCACGAGUUUCCGUUAUCCUUAAAACGUUCGUGUUAAUCGAGACACCAUUGUGUUAAUCUUCAAAGAUUGCUAGAAAUUGGACACUUUCGCGUAAAAUCUUCAGAGAUAGAGUUAGAAAUUGGAUAUUGGAUUAUUAAAAGUGAUAAAAGAAGAUUUACAGAAGUUGAACAGCAGAGGGAGAAAUCGAUGAAGAAGUUUGCGUGAUGGGACAGUUUUGAUCGAUCUACGAAAUUUCGAAUGUUGACGAAUGGUGCUUGUGAAAAGUCCAUCGCCUUCCCGAGGCGACAGUCUUCAAAAAGAAAAUGCGAAGAAGGAUAAAGGGAAGAGUCGCGUAUCACGCGGCAAUAGUCCCGCGGAUCACACUACUUCCAGGGGAAAUAGUCCAGGAAAGAGCAAUUCUACAAUUAAAGUAGUCACGAAAAGUAGCCUUCAACAGUCUCGUGGAAGCGAAACUGGUAGUAUCGAGAGACUGGUAGACGGUGAUAAGAGAGUGAUCGCCACCAAGAAUUGGCUUCCAGAGAACAACAUAAAUGUCGUUGUCAGAGUACGUCCGCUUAAUAGCAAGGAAAUUAAAGCCGGCGACGAUAUGGCCGUACAAUUUCCCGGAGAUGGACAGAUAUACUGCGACGGAUUUCCAAGCAGCGGGGACAAGAAGGGCAAAUUAUUUUCGUACAACGUGGUGUUCGAGCCCACGGCCACUCAGGAGGACAUCUUGCAAUUCUCUGGUGUGAAAAAGCUUAUUGAAAUGGCGGUAGAAGGAUUCAGCUGUACCGCGUUUUGCUACGGGCAAACCGGAAGCGGAAAAACUCACACCCUCACAGGGCCUCCAGAAAUGUUCGAAAGGAUGAACCCUUACUCGGAGCAACACGGCCUGGUCUUCCGGUCUUUCGUCUACCUGUUUAAGUUGUUGCAAGAACGACAAGAUUGUAAUUUCGUGUUAAAAGCUUCCUUUCUGGAGAUCUACAACGAAAAGGUAAUAGAUCUGUUAAAUCCUGGCACGUCGAGGAAACCCCUAAUGGUACGGUGGAGCAAAAAGACACGCGGCUUCUUCGUUGAAAACCUUUUCACCGUUGAGUGCGAGGAACUUGAUGAUCUUCUGGCGGUUCUCGAAGAAGGGAUGAGAAAUAGAAAAGUUGGUUCGCACAAUAUGAACGACUACUCCAGUAGAAGUCACAGUAUUCUCACUGUCAGCAUCACGUCUGAACAACAGAUGGAUAACAGCGUGUUUAUAUCGAGACAAGGGAAAAUUAACUUCGUCGAUCUGGCUGGAAGUGAGAUGACGAAGAAAACACAAAGCGAAGGGAAGACUCUGGAGGAAGCGAAUAAUAUUAAUAAAAGUCUCAUGGUUCUAGGUUACUGCAUAGCUUCUUUGAGCGAUGGAAAACGCAAGGGUGGUCACAUUCCGUAUCGAGACAGCAAACUGACUAAGCUUCUGGCCGACAGUUUGGCAGGAAAUGGCGUUACAUUAAUGAUCGCCUGUAUUUCGCCAGCUAAGUCGAACGCGAGCGAAACGUUGAAUACAUUGAGGUACGCGGCGAGGGUGAAGAAGAUUCGAACGAAACCCAUCGUGGUAAUGGAUGCUCGAGAAGCUCUGAUUCUCAGUUUAAAACGAGAAGUAGGAGCUCUUCAGACGGAAAACGAACAUCUGCGCGCGGCUCUUCAUUUAAGUGGUGAUGCAUCGAAUAUAGUUCGUAGCGAAUCCAAAACUGAAAGAAGAGUGCCAUUGACACCUCCAGUGGUGGAUUUGAAUAAACUAUCCGAAAUGGAACGACCCGAAUUAAGUCAACUUAUCCACGCGUAUAUUACCGAGAAUGAAGCUCUCCGUCGAGAAAAUGCAGAAUUAUAUGCUACGAGGGAGCAAGUGAUACGAGACCAAGAACUCGUAUGCAGAGAAAACGAGAGGUUACUGAAGAAACUCGAGGACGUUAACUCAUUUUAUUACUGUAGAGUGUGUUGCCGGUCGCCAAUUAUACCUGCCAGACCAACCUAUUCGGCGGAAAUGUUGAACGAUAACAAUAACGAGGACGCACCUGGCGCUACCAAUGUUUGGACCAAUCCUAACGUCGAACCUACGCCUCUUUCAAGUGAUAUGAUCAGGAAUGGAUUAUACAGAUCCGCUAGUAGUAUGCCAGAGAAGAUCCAGAAAGAACUAGACAAACGUAGAAUCGUAGGGAGUUAUAAUAACAUAGCAGAAGCAUACAAAGACAAGAGUCAUCAUCGUCGACACAAUUCAUGGGACAACGGGAACGGGACGACGAGAAUGAGUCCGGACCAAGCUAUAUCACCGAUAGAUAUUAAUCAGUACAAAAAGCCGAGCAUGCGUCGCACCUCGACAGUCCCUGAAGAACGAAGACCAUCGGAGACGAACGAUCUCCUGGGCGAACCGGUUCAACCAACCGACCAUUCGUACAACGAAUCCCCAGACUCGAUACUCAGCGGUCCUCUGGAGAUGGCGAACUCAACGCCGGACACAGCUGAGUCAGAGACGCCAACAGCGCCAUUUCCGACGGUAUCACACAUCUCGUCCCCGUUCGGCACUCCGGAACCCGAAGACCAUUCGAUAAGGACACCAAGAAAAUUCAAAGAGAAAGAGGACGAAACUACUGAAAGAGCUUUUGGAAGUCCAAUUCCUAUUGACGAAGAUAAACCACUUUGAACACUCGAGUCAACAAACACGAUAAUCUGAUGCACUUUAAUCGUGAUGGCCUUGACUUAGUCAAAGGCAUUGGGUCGACUAAGAAAGAUAAGAAAAUGAAUUAGGAAAAGUGCACAUGAAAAUUAGUCGAUAAUAAAGAGCUUUCUGGAUGAUUAGAAAAAAUUAUUUUGGUUUGAUAAUUAAAGUUUAAUGACGAAAGUAUGCGUUAAUGUUGGUAAAUUUGAAAAAAAGGUAAGCUGAACAUCUGUUUUGGUAACGACAUAGAAAUAUCGUGUUUUCAAAGUGACAAAAAUAUGUAGUACGCGUAGUCGAAGUUUUAUUUACGUGUGGUAAAAGUAUAUAUGCACAUAAUUAUGUGUGAACUUAGACGUGAAUAUCUACAUAAAAGUCAGUAUUUUUCCGCGAUAAUGAGAAAAUGACUCAGGUUGAUAUAAAUUAUUGAAUUCUACCUCUGAAUAAUAUAAAAUGACAUAUCCUGUAACUCUUGUAAUGAUAAAGGUGUUGACCAAAUUACGUACAAUAAAGCAUUUGAUUGUUUUACCA